GGCGGGGUGGCGCUCAGGCUGCGGUUCUCGCGCGGGACCGGGACCCCGCCGGGUCCAGCGGGCUCGGCGCGUCUGUAGCCACUCAGGCCAGCACCUCGUCGUGGCGGCGAAUUGGGUCCCUCUCCCGUGGGUGGGCUUCGGCCGGCAGACUCCGCCGCCCUCUCAGCCCAGCUCUUUCCUUAGUUCCCCAACUUGAACUUCGCCGCGCGCUCGUCAGUGGCCCGCUGCGUGCCAGGCGCUCUCACUAGGUCUCCAGACACGCUCCACGUCGUUACUCGUAGCGCGCGUAUCUGGACUUGGAUGGCUCUUUGCCUUGCGUCUCAUCCGCAAACCUCGACUCCACAAUAUGGCCAGGGAACCAGCGCCUCUCUUGCCCCCUCUGUUCUCCAGACAUCCUGGGGGUGAUGAGUGGUUUUUGUUCGACGGGAAGGAACCUGGCAUAAAAAGUUUCAGUGUGGCCCAGAAACCGUUCGGAGCCACAUAUGUGUGGAGCAGCAUUAUAAACACGCUUCAAACACAGGUGCAGGUGAAAAAGCGAAGACACCAUUUAAAAAGACACAAUGACUGCUUUGUUGGUUCAGAAGCUGUGGAUGUCAUUUUUUCUCACCUAAUUCAGAACAAAUAUUUCGGUGAUGUGGAUAUUCCUCGGGCCAAAGUGGUGAGAGUGUGUCAAGCACUUAUGGACUACAAAGUAUUUGAAGCAGUUCCAACCAAAGUCUUUGGAAAAGACAAAAAACCUACAUUUGAAGAUAGUAGUUGCAGCCUUUACAGAUUCACAACCAUACCUAAUCAAGACAGUCAGUUAGGCAAAGAGAAUAAGCGAUAUUCACCUUCCAGGUAUUCCGAUGUAUUAUUUAAGUCAUCUGAUAUCAAAUCAGCAAGUUUAGAGGAUCUGUGGGAAAAUCUGAGUUUAAAGCCUACUAACUCUCCUCCUGUAAACAUCUCUGCAACCUUGUCUCCACAAGUUAUUAAUGAAGUAUGGCAAGAAGAAACAAUUGGACGUCUACUGCAGCUCGUAGACCUUCCACUUCUUGACUCCUUACUCAAACAGCAAGAGGUUGUAUCUAAAGUUCCUCAGCCUAAGAGGCAACCUGAUUUGGUCAACAGCAGUAACUAUCUGGAUCGAGGGAUUCUCAAGGCUUACAGUGACUCUCAGGAAGAUGAAUGGCUCUCUGCAGCAACUGAUUGCUUAGAAUACCUUCCAGACCAGAUGGUGGUGGACAUAAGCAGAAACUUUCCUGAGCAACCAGAUAGGAUAGACUUAGUGAAAGAACUUCUCUUUGAUGCCAUUGGCAAAUAUUACAGUAGUAGGGAACCUCUGUUAAAUCACUUAUCUGAUGUUCAUAAUGGCAUUGCAGAGCUCUUAGUGAACGGGAAGACUGAAAUAGCAUUAGAAGCCACUCAGCUCUUUCUAAAGCUUCUGGACUCCCAAAAUAGAGAAGAAUUUAGAAGACUACUGUAUUUCAUGGCUGUUGCAGCACAUCCUUCUGAAUUUAAAUUACAGAAAGAAAUUCCAGGAACUCUACAUAAAAUUGUUAGUGUUAAGCUCAUGGCCAUUCAGAAAGGAAGAGAUCCAAAUAGAGACACAGGAUAUAUAUAUUGCCAGAGAAUUGAUCAAAGUGAUUAUUCUGACCAUACACAGAAGACAACCAAGGAUGAACUAAUGAAUUUACUAAAGACUAUUGAUGAGGAUUCAAAACUAUCUGCCAAAGAGAAGAAAAAAUUGCUAGGUCAGUUCUAUAAGUGUCAUCCAGACAUCUUUAUUGAGUAUUUUGGAGACUGAGUUUUUAAUGUCUGUAUAUAACUUAUGUAUUUUAAUAAUAAAUUAUGUAUCCUAAAUAUCUAAUCACAUUUGUAAUCUUAGAUGUUCUAAAUAUGAAAUUGUACUUAAUAAAACAUUUUUUGUAUAAACUUCUGUGUCUGAAACUGAGUAUUAGAUGGUGUAUUGCUGUUAGAUAUUA